AUGUCACGGCAGCAGUUUAUGCUGAAAAAUGCAAAGCAAAGGUUAACCAGGCAGCUCAACGCCCUUACGGGCCUGUUGGAGGAAGCACGCGAGUUCGAAGAACCGUGGAACUUCCCAAACGGAGCGGAAGAGUUAGACCUUUUCAUAGUUUCAAAAGAUAUGAUUGUCAAAAACCUAGUAUCUAAACUGAGUCAAAGAAAGGAUGACAUCAGCAACUAUUAUGCUGAAUGCAACCAGUCAAUCUUCAAUCUAGAUCAGGAAGAAAAAGAGGAGACUGAAAGACAAUUUGAUGACUACUGGCUUGAGAAAGAAGGAGAGAACCUCCUUUACCAAGCUGAAAACGUGGAACGCCAAUUGGAAAUACGCCUUUUGGAACUUCAAUGUCAAGCAAAAUCUGGCAAGCGAGAACUCAAAAGGGAAGAAGAGCAAGAGGCCUCGAACGAACUCCAGAGCGCAGGGAAUUCAAAUCAGCAAGCUCAUCCCAUCAAUGCAUGGACAAUGGAACGAAGACUACUCGGAAAUGAGUUAAAGGUACCUCACUUCCAUGGCAAGCCUUCAGAAUUUGACUCCUUCUGGGAAUUAUUCGAAGAAUUAGUACAUAAACAGCCUUAUUCAAAUAUUGAGAAACUCUCAAUUCUCCUCAAUAGUUGUAAGGGAGACGCGGCAAGAACUCUUCAAAUGAUACCUAGAACAGGUGAGUCCUACGAGAAGGCUGUAAAUCAAUUGAAAAGUCAAUAUCAAGAUCCGAGAAGAAUCAUAAUGCAAAUGAUUAAAAAACUUAAGUCAAUGAGACAGUGUCAAGAUGACCAUCGUUCUUUGAGAAACAAUCUUAGUGAUAUUCAAGCCAUUAUAGCAACAUUGGAAAAGCAGGGGGAGGAAGUGAACACCACUAACCUCAGAACAAUGGUCUUGGAAACAUUCUCAAAAGCUAUUCAGGACGAGAUGGCCAAGAAAGAGUUCGAUUCUGGCAACAUAUGGACUAUGGACCAGCUACUCGACAACCUGGCAAUAGCUAUCAAGCGGAAAGAACACGUUGACAGCGUAAAGGACCCGUAUCAAGGCGAACGCUCCAUUUUCCACACAAGUACAACGAUCCUCCCAAAGGUUCAAGAAAAUUCGACUACAGAAGAGUCAAACGAUGAAUUCGCAAACACUUUCAUAAAUAGUAGUAAUGUGCGUUUAAUGAUCGUUCCGGUACAAAUACAAUCUUCAGAAAGUCAAGAGAAAGAGACCGUACUGGCAUUACUAGAUUCAGCCUCAGAUCAAUCGUUCAUAUCAACAUCGCUUGCCCGUCGAAAGAAUCUCAAAACUCAAAACGAAACUACAAUUUUGGUGAAUACAUUCGGAGGAAGAGCCGAAAAAAGAAGAGCAAAACGAGUAAUCACUUCUCUGUUCAAUAGAGAAGGUGACCAUAUCAAGGUUGAGCUUCUUACAAAUGAUACGAUUACACCCCCUCUUAAUAUGGGCUCUUUACUUCCUGAAGAUGAUCUCUUUAUACAAGAACACUUCCCCACCGAGGAAUGGCACUGGAUCUCACGAACGACCUGCGGCACAGUAGUCCCCGAACUGCUUAUCGGGAUGGACUAUUUCAACGCCAUCAUGCAACUACACACACCAGUGAUACGCCUCCCGUCUGGACUUUUCCUUACAUCAACCUUCUUCGGCCUAGUAGUGUCGGGAGUUCCUGAUGCCACUAAUGAGCAAACUGAACUUGCAAGUUACGGCAAACGGAUUCUAAAUACAUACAUGAUUUUUGACUCAACUUCUAAUCAUAUGGACAUUUCUGAAUUGUGGAAACUCAACACAGUCGGAAUUGAAGACAUGAGCACGCAAGAAGAAGUCAAUGACCAAAUAGUGGCAGACUUCUAUUCAACAGUUCAAGUCAAGGACAACAAAAUAUUUGAUAAUCUCUAUGUCGAUAAUGUCCUUCUCACUGAUGAUUCCACGCAAUCACUUAUUGAGAAAUAUAAAUCAUUGAAACAAGUGUUCAAUAAUAUGUCCAUGAAUUUACGUCAAUUUAUUACAAAUGACGACUAUUGCAAUAAGUCAAUAGCUCUCAAAGACCUCUCAACCAGCAAGUCAAUAAAAAUUCUCGGAAUUCCGUGGAACCAUCAAAAGGACACUUUUCAUCUUAAAUGCAAACUACGGCACUCUUCCACGUUAACUAAACGUAAGGUUUUACAAGCAACUCACUCAACCUUUGACCCAUUGGGGUUACUCAUACCCUUAUUACUACCUGCAAAGUUUUUCCUUCAAGAUCUUUGGAAAGGAAAUUACAAAUGGGACGAAGAGUUACCCCCAAAGCUUAAAUGUGAGUGGCAAUCAAUCUGCGAGAACGCAGCUGGGUUCGAAACAACGGUCCCUCGCGCGCUCACAGACCUUACAACAAACAACCGCUAUGAAAUCCAUACAUUUGUCGAUGCGUCAAUACGGGCAUUCGCUGCGGUAGCCUAUCUACGAACGAUCAAUGAGGAUGCUGAUUGUGCGACAAAAGGCGCCAAUAAGACACAAAUGAGUGACAACAUCUGGUGGUACGGUCCUCCCUUUCUUCUUCAUGACAACUCAAGAUGGCCACAAUUACCAGAAUAUUCCUGGACGUCAAACGGAAACGAAGCAGACACAAACUACCAGGAAAUAUCUCAAACUGUGUUAGCCACCAACACCGAGGAACACGUUCAACAAUCAAUAUUUCUCGGAAACUACUCAUCAUUCAAAAAGUACAAAAGGGUUCUAGCCCUAGUUAUGAAAUUUCUCAAAUUUACUAUCUUUAAUAAGCUCUCACUAAAAUAUCAAGAGAAAUUGAAGAAGACCAUACCAGAACUAGAAAAAAUCAUCACGGACCAACCACUGACAUCACUACAAUCAAUCGACCUCACGAUGGCUGAACGAAGAUUGAUCAAGUGGGCACAGCAAGUACUUUCGCACGAAAAACUUGCGAAACUCAGCAACCUACGACUAUACAUGGACGAAAACGGAAUUAUGAGAUGCCGAGGGAGAAUUCAAGCUAAGCAUUUAGCGAGAGAAACUCAAGAGCCUAUUCUCCUUCCAGAAAAUCACAAUUUCACUAAUUUAAUUAUACAAGAAAUUCACCGUCGCUGCGGACAUCAAGGCGUUAAUGGGACAUUGGCCAACAUACGGCUAAACUACUGGAUCCCAAAGGGACGUCAAACAGUCAAAAAA